UCUUGUAUGAUUUCCAGUGUGUAAAGAAGAACAGAAUUACCACAAAGCCAAAACUGACCAAGACGUAACACUUCCGUGUUCUAGGUCCUGGGAACCAGUAAGCUCUGGUACACAGCGAUACGUGACGUCUUUACGUGACGUCAACCUUCUCGCCCAGCUUGGUCACAUGACCACGAAGCAAAACAAUUGUUUUGGCAAAGAUCCGGAGAGAAAAGGAACCGUUGAUUUUGUCGACGUUCAGUUGAAUCUUUUCAUUUUCGGCAAGUUCGUUUGCUCAGUAGUAUUCCGUCAAAAUAACUUACGGUGGGACCCAUACUAAGCUUGAUACCACUUGAAAAUUAAGCUUAUGCGCGUUUGCAAUCGUCUGGAAACUACCAGACUGCACUGGCCCAGAGUUUGAAGGGUGAACAGAAUUUUAAACAUAGUUUGGCUGUUUAAUUGCAUUUGAAGUAACGACUGUCUUUUGCUGUAAUCACUUCAAAGGAGCCUGUCUAUCGCCACGACUUCUGUGUUAACCUAGUUCACUGAAAAAGAAACUGAAUUCGUGCCAAAAUUUUGCUGCGUGCACUUGAAGACUUGUUAGGCGUUGUAAAAGUGGAAUGUUUGACGUUUAGUUUAAACUUGGAAGCAAGAGAUCAUAUAUCGACAGAAAGGACUUUAAUUCAAAAUGGCAAAAGACAGAGGAACUGAUGUGGAAAGGACUAAAGCAACUGCUUUGGAGGAAGCUCCCCCAAGACAGAAUCGUAAUGAUGAUCGACGCUUCUCGCUCAGAAGGAUUUUCGGACGCUCCAAGACGUACAAGGGGGAAAAUUCCUCGGACAAAUUUACGCGAAAAAACAGUACAGAUUCGUUAGCGAUCUGCCCUGUUUGUUACGCUAUGAGGUCGAAAUCUCUGUUCCCAGAAAUUUCCACUUGCGAACACAGAUCUUGUUUUGAGUGCUUGAGGCAGUACAUGACAAUCGAAAUUAAUGAGUCAAGAGUGAACUUAACUUGCCCUGAGUGUUCAGAAAGAUUUCAUCCCAAUGACAUCAAGGUAAUUCUCAAUGAUGAUAUCUUAAUGGCAAAAUAUGAUGAGUUCACUCUUCGUAGAACCUUAGUUGCAGACCCAGAUUGCCGCUGGUGCCCAGCUCCAGAUUGUGGGUUUGCCGUCAUUGCAUCAGGUUGUGCUAGUUGCCCCAAAUUGCAAUGUGAACGACCUGGUUGCAACACUGAAUUCUGCUACCAUUGCAAGCAAAUCUGGCAUCCUAACUUGACAUGCGAUGCUGCAAGACUUCGACGUGCUACUCACAUUAAAUCAAUUUCUGGAUCUGAAGGACGUAAUUCAAAUGGGUCUGAUGACAUGAAACCAUGCCCGCGUUGUGGAGCUUUUAUUAUAAAGAUGGACGAUGGAUCUUGUAAUCACAUGACUUGUGCAGUGUGUGGAGCAGAGUUUUGUUGGAUGUGCAUGAAAGAGAUUUCUGAUCUCCAUUACUUAAGCCCUUCUGGCUGUACAUUUUGGGGUAAAAAGCCCUGGAGUCGCAAGAAAAAAAUCCUUUGGCAGAUGGGAACUCUAAUAGGUGCACCCCUUGGAAUUGCUCUUGCUGCAGGGGUGGUGCUUCCUGCUAUGGUGAUUGGCAUUCCUGUUUAUGUUGGAAGACAGGUCCAUGACAAGUACGAUAAACCAUAUCAAUCAAGGCGGAAACGUAACUUUGCAAUUACUGGAGCAGUAACACUGUCCAUCCUCGCAUCACCCAUCCUGGCAGCACUAACGGUUGGUGUUGGUGUGCCCAUUGCUCUUGGUUAUAUUUAUGGUGUAGUGCCAGUUUCCCUUUGCCGCAGUGGAGGCUGCGCCACAGUAACAAACAUUCGAAAUGGUAAAGGGGUGAAUCUUGAGUUUGAUGAGGAGGGAGAACCUGCUACAGCAGGAGGUACAGGAACAUUUGGUACUUCACAGUCCAGCAGUAGGAGCAGCAUGCGCGGCGCCGACAAAGGAUCCACAACGGGGGUAGUGACAGUUGUGGCUACCGUCAACAAUAGGGCAGCAGAUACUGAAAGCGGCAAACAGCCCAGCAUCAGUAUGAGUCAAGACUGCUCCAGUUUAGACAGUAGCACUAUUGGUCCAAGAGGUGUAGGAGAUGGAGACAGCCAUGCGUCGCUCAUCCCUGGACCAAGAAGCUGUACGGUCAGUAUUGCAAGCAGCUUUGAUAAUUUCAACAUCAAUGCUUGUGACGGCAUAGCGGCAUCUUCGUCGAUUGCUGAAGCCAUGGUCAUGGAAGGUGACUUUAUAGAUCGGACUUCUGUUACAACUAUCUCUCACCAGGAAAGUACUGUAGAUAAGGACAGUUUAUCAGUGUUGGAAAGUGUUGGCAGUAAUGAAGACGAUUAAUCACAUCUUCCCAACAAGUAGUAAGCCCAGCAUGUGGUAUCAAAUAUUUAUUUUAAUUUGUAGCUUAAUCCAGAAGGUUACCACUGAGAAAAAAAGGGAAGAUUAAUCAGUAAUACAAGAUAUUCAAUAUUUUUCUUAAUUUCAAACAUUGUAUGUACAAUAAUGCCUUAUAGUUUGUUAUGGAAAUUUGUGUCCCUUUUUGUUUUGUACACAUGUAAUAUAUUAACCCUUAAAAAGACAAUGCCAGUAACAUGAGCUGGCAGUGAAUUUCAUUUAACAGUCCAGCUACGUGUAAGAAGGAAUUUAUAAAAUGCAAGAGGGAACUUCAUCACAACAUCCAACACUCAAAAGAGGAAACAAAAACGACCCUUAGUUACAUUAUAGGUAUUGGAUAUUGCGGUGAAACACUCUGUCAAGUGGCUGAUUGCCUGUAACACAAGUGAUAGACUAGAGUAGAAAGAGGGCAUAGAUGGGUCAGAAUAAAAUCUGCCAGAUCACCAAACGUUUUGUCAUGACUGUCUUCAUUUUAACUUGAUGAAUUAUUAAUGAGUUUGAGGGUAGCUUGUCUUAACUCUGUAAUAUACAUAUAAAAAAAGUUCCCUUUUAUUUUUGUGUUAAUAGUUAGACAGCUCUUUUGCUAUCAGUUAUUGUACAUUUUCAAGUGUUUUUUCAAUAUUGUAUAUAUCAAACCUAAAAAUCAUUAAUUCUGCUCAAAAGCAGAUUCACAGACCUGAAACUUCAGGGUCAUUUUUUGUUUCAACUAUUUUAAUAGUUUGUUUCUGAGUGACAAACAUUUGCUCAAUGCAGUUGUUUGGAAUCUGUUUACAAGUUGUUUCCUUUUGCAAAUAGAUAGUUAAGAAAUGUUGGUACAAAAUAAAACAUUAUGCAGUCCUAUUACUAGCAAGUGUCAAGCUAGGUGCUUUGCUCUGGUCAUAGUUUGCUGAAAUAAUUCUUUUUUGGGAAGGCGGCGGGGGCUCGAAGUAGUCAUGAAGAGGAAACAAAUAAGUCUGAAAUUUUAAUUAAAAUUAUGUCAAUCUUGCUUAAAAUUUUGAACCUUCCGUCUGUCAAGAGUAUAUCUCAGUCUGAUCAAUAUUGUGCAAUUUCCAUAUUCUUAUUGUGAACAAUUUAUUUGCUUAAUUUUAUCCCAACUAUUAUCUGUACGAAUCAUUUUGAAAAAUGCCCAAAAGUUCUUAAUAUAUAUUAAGUCAAAAAUAACACGAAUUCCUUUGUUUUGGGGUGGGUGCUGGUUUUUCUGAUGCUGAGUUUUUGCUUGUGUCUUCAUUGAAUAUCACAGAUAACAAUUAUAUUAAUGUGAUUGAUUAUUCAAGUUUCAAGGCAUGAAUAGAAGUUAAAAGUUUAUGACAUUGUGUUGUGUUUUUCUGUAACUAUUUGUACAUAUUGAAUCUCAGUCUUGUAAUAAAAUAUAGCAUUUGCGGUGAAGUAAGCAUUUCACCUUGUAAAUACAGGUGCUAUUAAUAUCUAUUUGUCUUGACAUUACUCAAAUAAAUGUUUGUCAAAUAAAGCUAAUUUUUCAUCUA